CGCCCCGAUCCCCACGCUCGCCUCCGCCAACUUUCACGCUGCCUCGGCGGCCCGGCCCGCUUCGACGCCAAUGGUGGAAGCCAUAGUGGAGUUUGACUACCAGGCCCAGCACGACGAUGAGCUGACGAUCAGCGUGGGUGAGGUCAUCACCAACAUCAGGAAGGAGGAUGGAGGCUGGUGGGAAGGACAGAUCAACGGCAGGAGAGGUUUGUUCCCUGACAACUUUGUAAGAGAAAUAAAGAAAGACAUGAAGAAAGACCCUCUCUCCAGCAAAGCUCCGGAAAAGCCCAUGCACGAAGUGUCCAGUGGAAACUCUUUGCUGUCUUCUGAAACCAUUUUAAGAACGAAUAAGAGAGGCGAGCGACGGAGACGCCGGUGUCAGGUGGCGUUCAGCUACCUGCCGCAGAAUGAUGAUGAACUUGAGCUGAAAGUCGGAGACAUCAUAGAGGUGGUAGGAGAGGUGGAAGAAGGAUGGUGGGAAGGUGUUCUCAAUGGGAAGACUGGGAUGUUUCCUUCCAACUUCAUCAAGGAGCUGUCGGGCGAGUCGGAUGAACUUGGCCUCUCCCAGGAUGAGCAACUGUCCAAGUCAAGUUUAAGGGAAACGACAGGCUCCGAGAGUGAUGGGGGUGACUCGAGCAGUACCAAAUCGGAAGGUGCCAAUGGGACAGUAGCGACUGCAGCCAUCCAACCCAAGAAAGUUAAGGGAGUGGGCUUUGGAGAUAUUUUCAAAGACAAGCCAAUCAAACUAAGACCAAGGUCAAUUGAAGUAGAAAAUGACUUCCUGCCAGUGGAAAAGACUAUCGGGAAGAAGUUACCUCCAACUGCAGCAACUCCAGACUCAUCGAAAACUGAAAUGGACAGCAGGACAAAGACCAAGGAUUACUGCAAAGUAAUAUUUCCAUAUGAGGCGCAGAAUGAUGAUGAAUUGACAAUCAAAGAAGGGGAUAUAGUCACGCUCAUCAACAAGGACUGCAUCGACGUAGGCUGGUGGGAAGGAGAGCUCAACGGCAGACGCGGAGUGUUCCCUGAUAACUUUGUGAAGCUGCUUCCACCGGACUUUGACAAGGAAGGGAAUAGACCCAAGAAGCCACCGCCUCCAUCCGCUCCUGUCAUCAAAGCAGGGGCAGGUACCACUGAGAGAAAACAUGAAAUUAAAAAGAUACCUCCUGAAAGACCAGAAACACUUCCAAACAGAACAGAAGAAAAAGACAGACCAGAGAGGGAGCAAAAACUGGACUUACAGAAGCCCUCCGUUCCUGCCAUCCCACCAAAAAAGCCUCGGCCACCUAAGACCAAUUCUCUGAGCAGACCUGGCGCACUGCCCCCGAGAAGGCCCGAGCGACCAGUGGGCCCACUGACACACACCAGGGGUGACGGUGCAAAGAUUGAUCUGGUGGGCAGCGCGCUCUCCGGCAUCCUGGACAAGGAGCUCUCAGACCGCAGCAAUGAUAUUGACCUAGAAGGUUUUGACUCCGUGGUGUCCUCUACUGAGAAACUCAGCCACCCAACCACAAGCAGACCAAAAGCGACAGGGAGGCGGCCUCCGUCCCAGUCUCUCACAUCUUCCUCCCUUUCAAGCCCUGAUAUCUUCGACUCCCCAAGUCCCGAAGAAGAUAAAGAGGAACACAUUUCACUUGCACACAGAGGAGUGGAUGCGUCAAAGAAAACUUCAAAGACUGUUGCCAUAUCCCAAGUGUCCGACAGCAAAGUGUCCCUGCCGCCCAAGCCAGGGACCAUGGCAGCAGGAGGUGGAGGGCCAGCCCCUCUGUCCUCGGCGGCACCCUCUGCCCUGUCGUCCUCUUUGGGAACAGCUGGACACAGAGCCAACUCCCCAUCUCUGUUCGGCAUGGAAGGAAAACCAAAGAUGGAGCCCGCGGGCAGCGGCCAGGCUGCCGUGGAGGAGCUGAGGACACAGGUCCGCGAGCUGAGAAGCAUCAUUGAGACCAUGAAGGACCAGCAGAAACGAGAGAUUAAGCAGUUAUUGUCGGAGCUGGACGAAGAGAAGAAAAUCCGGCUUCGGUUGGAGAUGGAAGUGAAUGACAUAAAGAAAGCUCUUCAAUCAAAAUGAAUACUUGAUAAAUGAGAUGUCACAUUAUUCAUCCUGAGUCGAAGACUCAAAUUUUCUGCCCCAGCCAAAAUAAUCUUGUGCCAAAAGAUCAAAGGUUUGCCUCAACAUGUCCCUGUUUGAAAGAUGAGCACAGAAGUGUUGAUAGCACAGCACCAAUCCCACCCAAGAGGAGACUCUUCCCGUGGCGUAGUCCUGGCUCUGGCACUGGUUGUGACUUAAGCAGAACAAGUUGUGCUAAAGGCUUUUCUACUUGGAGAUCUCAUGUGACAUGAAAACUCAGGCAGUUUAGUCCAUAGUGGUACUAUUUUGAUGAUAUUUUCCAUUAAUAAAAUGUAAUUUCAGAUUAUUCGUUUACAAGCUUUAUAAUUUUAUGAUUUUUUAAAAUUGUGUUUUGUCACAGACCCCCUUAGUGUGUGUACCACACACAGGCAGGAGCGAGCGGCCUCGGCCUCGCUUUGUGUGCCCUUUUAGCAUUCUAUUACAUAUGCAAUUGUAGACCCCCUCCCCCUGCCAGCAAACCCCACCACCCUAAGAGAAAUGGGAGCUUCUAUACGAUGUGAUAUUGACAGAGAAAGAGAAAAUCUGGUAUUUGCAAUGAUCUGUGCCUUCUUUCUACCACCCUCUUGAUUGGAGCUUUUGUGAUGCAGCUACCAUGAUUUAAAAAGAAAAAAAAAAAAAAAAAAAGAAAAAAGAAAUAAUAAAAAUGGCCACUCACCCAAGUCCACUAGAGGCCGCUGUCUUCAGAACUUCUCUCGCCCUGGCCAAAGGUGUGAAGAGACAGCUGUGAGGCUGGGAAUGCUCUGUGGAGCCGGCCGUGACUUUGCAGUUCUCCUAGUUUUAGGUUGCUCAUGAAACUAGAAAUGUCCUCUCUGCUUGAUUUUUUUUUUCAUCAGCCAAGUUCGACCCUUGCUUCCUGUCCUUUGCACCUUUUGUGUGAACAGAAUAUGCAUUAUUAAAGCAAAAGUAAAUAAAAGCAAAAUGCAAAUGA